CCCGCUUCCGCCGCCGGGCUACGUCCUCGCGCCACCGGAAGCUCCCGCCGGGCUGCGGGGAGGCGGCGGCGCCGAGGCCUCAGGGUCAUCUGCUGAGAAGACCAGGCCAGGACUGGCUCAGAUGGGGUAACCGGGACUCACUGUGAGGAAGUGACUUUUACCUGAGACAUUCUGGACAGGACAGAGCUAAUGCAUCUGGAACUUGCAUUUUUGGACCUGCGUCCAGAACCCUGGGGAUUUCCACCAGAGCAGUGAACAUCCCCACUGAGAAUUCUGCGCUGCUUGGAGGUCCCAGGGAACACAGGCAGGUUGCUGGCUUUGACUCUGCCCACGUCCCCGGGGAGGAGGUGGAUGAAGGAAGCCUGAGGCUCUCCGACAGGGGAACUCUGACAGUGGUUCCUGAAAGUUCGUGACAUCGUUCUUUUUUCUCUCUGACUUGCUCUCCUCCUCCCUCUCACUCGAAAGAAUGACUGGACACUCCUAGAGCUUUCAGUCACCAUCCAGGGGAUUUUUUCCACCACAAAGGGUAAUUCCUGUCCCAUCCCUGCUGUGACUCAGCUGUGACGUUGAACCACACAAGGCAGUGAGAAGAUAAAGUCAUCAGACUCCUGCUCAUCAGAGAGGGUGGCCCGACGCAGACUCCACGGGGCUGCUCCCCUCCCCAGAGGAGCUUGGUCAGGCCCCCUCCUCAGCCAGCCUGGGACCCCGGCAUGGCCUCUGGCUCAGCCACCAGCCCCCGCUCGGCCCCCGAUGAGAACGAGUUCCCAUUUGGGUGUCCCCCCACCGUCUGCCGGGACCCACCAGAGCCCAGACCCCUCUGCUGUGCUGCAUGUCUCCCUGAGAACGUGAGGAACAGCGAGGAUCGGAUCUGCCCCAAAUGCAAGGGGGACGAUGCCCCAUCUGAAAGCCCAGGAGGCCUUCUGUCUCAGGACAAGGAUCACCCCGAGGUGGCUGAGGCUGGAGUUGGGUGCCCCUUUGCAAAUGUUGGCUGCUCCUUCAAGGGGAGCCCAAAGCUCAUGCAAGAGCAUGAGGCCACCUCCCAGGUCACCCACCUGAACCUGCUGUUGGGGUUCAUGAAACAGUGGAAGGCCCAGCUGGGCUCUGGCCUGGGGUCUGGACCCAUGGCCCUGGAGCAGAAUCUGUCAGACCUGCAACUGCAGGGGGCUGUGGAGGUAGCUGGGGACCUGGAGGUGGACUGCUACCGAGCCCCCUGCUCUGAGAGCCAGGAGGAGCUGGCCCUGCAGCACUUCAUGAAGGAGAAGCUCCUGACCGAGCUGGAGGGGAAGCUGUGCGUGUUUGAGAAUAUUGUCGCCGUCCUCAACAAGGAGGUGGAGGCCUCCCACCUGGCCCUGGCCGCCUCCAUCCACCAGAGCCAGCUGGACCGCGAGCACAUCCUAAGCUUGGAACAGAGGGUGGUGGAGUUGCAGCAGACCCUGGCCCAGAAGGACCAGGCUCUGGGCAAGCUGGAGCAGAGCCUCCGCCUCAUGGAGGAGGCCUCCUUUGACGGCACCUUCCUGUGGAAGAUCACCAAUGUCACCAGGCGGUGCCACGAGUCAGCCUGCGGCAGGACCGUCAGCCUCUUCUCCCCAGCUUUCUACACGGCCAAGUACGGCUACAAGUUGUGUCUGCGGCUCUACCUGAAUGGGGAUGGGACGGGGAAGAGGACCCACCUGUCGCUCUUCAUCGUGAUCAUGAGAGGCGAGUACGAUGCUCUGCUGCCAUGGCCUUUCCGGAACAAGGUCACCUUCAUGCUGCUGGACCAGAACAACCGUGAGCACGCCAUCGAUGCCUUCCGGCCCGACCUGAGCUCAGCCUCCUUCCAGCGGCCCCAGAGCGAAACCAACGUGGCGAGUGGCUGCCCGCUCUUCUUCCCCCUUAACAAGCUGCAGUCGCCCAAGCACGCCUACGUGAAGGACGACACCAUGUUCCUCAAGUGCAUCGUGGAGACAAAUGCUUAGGGCGGGCAGGGCUGGGCCAGCUGCAUCUGGGUCCCCAAGAAGCACCAGCUCAGACGGGGGCCUGGCAAGAAUACUGAGGUCCUGCCCUUGGCACCCAAGAUCCCAGGGCACAAUGAUGGGCUGGGGUGGCAUGAUCUGAGCGGGGCGGACAGACUGACUGUGGCUGGCCAUCUGCUUUGGGUGGCAGGGCCUUGAGCUGGGCCCACGGAGGCAGAGGGUCCAGAAGGAGGCGGUGCAGGAUUGUCCCUCCUGCAUUGACCAUGCAACACUGGAGCUACCACCCAAUGCUGGUCCUGAAUGUUGAGGUGGCAUCUGGCCAAGAUGCGGAGGGCGUGGGGACCAGCGUGGGCAUGGAUGGUGAACUGGAGGUGUAAGGCCUCAGCAAAGAAGCUCUUGGGAUGAGAAGGCCUCUGCGGGCCACCCUGGAGAACAUGCUUGCUGUCUUCCUGCUUGAGGUCAGAACCGGCACCAGGGGGUGGAAGGGACAGGGUGCCAAUGUGAAUUCCUCUGUCUUGCCCUGGACUGAGUUCCCCACCACUGGAGGUGAUCAAGCAAAGCCAGAGUGCUACCCUGGGCGGGGUGGGGGGAGUGGGCAUCACAUUGAGGGGUGGAUUUGAAGACCUUCAAGGUCCCUUCCAGCCUAGAAAAUCUCUACCUCCAGGCCUCCUGGGCCAGAUGCGGCCCAGGGGUGCAGCAGUACUGGAAACAUUCAGGAGCCUCAUGACCUCCGGGGUCCCGACUCACCAUCAGUACCACCAGGUGGGCUGAGCUGGCCGGCACAGCACCUGCUACCCCAGGCCUGGCUGCUCUGUUUCCCCACAGUGCACGGCCACACACAGGCCCCGCGUACUUCGCUUCCCCUAGCCGAACUCGCCUCCACCUCCUCCAGGUGAAACCGGGGCACUGAGCUCCCAGGAGCAGCCAGGAGUGUGGAGAAGGAGGGGCACAAACUCCACGCUCCCCACCUGGAGGCCCCACCCUUGGCUGUUUCCAGAAUCCCAUGUCACCUGAUUAACCAAGCGACGGUUCCAGGGUCUCUGAGCCAUCAGCAGAGGUUGUCCUCUUAGAAAUGUAUAAAACCAAGGAAAGAAUUUA